AUGGUCGAGCAGACGAUUUCACCGUCUCUCACGGUUGUGAGCGAAGUCAGCCCGGGCCUGGCGGAUGAUUUGUCACGAGCCGGCUCCCUUUCGACCACUCGGAUAGAGGAUUCCCUUGAAGAGUUGGACAGGCUAGAAGAGCAGCUCGAGGCAAUUCAAGGUCUGACCCAACCCCACGGGUCUGCAACCGCCAACAAGAAGGUUUCCGAGUCUAAUCCUGCAACCCCCUCUGGUGCAACACCAUCGGCCCCAGCGGCAUCCAGGGGACCCUCAGUUGCCGGGUGCUCCGCGACAGUCCGUGUCAGGCCCUCCCAGAAAGAGAGGCCCUCGUUGAGGAAAUCUGCAUCGUUGACGCUCCGUGACAAGAGCCAGGCGCAGCAUGGAUCGUCGGGGAGCCAGAGGACUGAACCUACUGGUUCCCGUGGCCAAUCUGGCAUCAAUCACAUCAGAACCCCAUGUACAGCGAAGCAUCCUAUAAAGUCUGCCAAGCCACCUACUGUGCCCAAAUUCGAGUUGCCGGGCGAGGCUGUAGCGCGUCGCUUGAAGGAACAGCGUGAAGCUCGUCAGGCUCAGCAGCAAGCAGAGGCCCAGAGAAGCCAGUCGGCCACGGCAAAACCAAGAGUCACAAACAAGCCUUUGCCCAAGCCGACAUUUGAGCUGCCAGGGGAAGCCAUCUCUCGCCGCAAGCGGGAGGAGCGGGAGGCCAAACUGAGGGCGGAGGAAGAAGAGCAGCGAAAACGACGAGAGUUUAAGGCUCGGCCCGUACGACACAGCAUUGGACCACCUGCGCUACCUCGCGAAACACUGACGAGCCGGGCUCGCCAGAGUAGAUCAUCUCCCGAAGCAAAUGGCGAGAAUGACAGCCAGGUUGCUCAGCGAAAGCGCAUGUCGGUUGGUGUGGUCCGCUCUGUCCCGGUGCCCUCUCAGGCUGGCAAUUCCUUGCAGGCACGGGGACGGAAGUCGACCACGGUCUCUGCUGCUGAAGAGAGCCGAGCGACUUCGACGUCAACGGGCACCGCAAGUAGCCAGCGGACUUUGGUAUCACUGGAGGAACUCCACGUGCAGAGGCAACGGGGCAAGGACAUUUUUACACGAGACAACUGCUACACGCAAGACAGGGAAAGGAGCAAGCGGGAGAGAGAGAUUGCGGCCAAGACGGCACGAGAACAGGCUGCUGAACGUUCUAGAAUUGCGAGUCGGGAGUGGGCCGAGAAGAAGCGUCUGAAGGAGUUGGCGGCCAAGCGGGCAAAGGCGAUGCAGGAUGGAGGGGAGAGCGCGAAGGCGUGA